AUCAACUUGUCCAUGAUUUAGCUGCAGGAAGCUUUAAAAAGGCAGCAGACAGCCACCAGGGCGGGAUAGACGCACUCUUUUUCACCCGUCUUUGCAGUAACGUGCCGCCGUAUGGAUUCUCGACUGGAGGAGUUUUUCCACUGGGUCACACUCCGUAGGACGCGUCUUCACUUCGGCUCGGACUCUUCACCUACUCCGGAACACUGACUUUGAACUGUGCUGUGCUUUUUUCAGCUCUCUCCUCUGUGCGUAAUUUAGACGAUCGGUGCAGCGACAUCCGAACAACAGCGAGGAGAGGAACGCAACUGACUUUUCAGGACAAAGUUUGGGAAAAUGGAAGUCGUGUGGUUGGAUCUAGUGUUGCUUUUGCCCAUGCUGCAGAUCCCCGGCGUGCUAACACUGUCCACACAUAUGGCUUCCAUCUAUCCCCAGGAUCCUGUCCUGCGCAUGGGCUCCAACCUGACGGCCAGCUGCUGGGUGCACCCUGAGCUGGGGGUGCAUGCCAGCUCUCUGUUCUGGACCCUGAACGGCCAGCCUCUGGCCAGCUCUCUGUACAGAGUGCUCAGCCCCAACAACCUCAGUGUGACGCUGGUAGGACUCAACGCUUCCAGCCAAAAGUCUGGUGACAACCUGGUGUGUCACAACCACAAGGGCCACAUCCUGGCCGGCUCCUGCCUCUACGUCGGCAUGCCUCCACAGAAGCCAAUGGCUCUGACCUGCUGGUCCAGGAACACCAAAGACCUAACCUGCAGCUGGGCCCCAGGGGGAAGAGGAGAGACCAACAUCAGCACACACUACACCCUGAAGUACAAGCGCAGGUGGUACGAUGAGGAGAAGAAGUGUGAGGACUACAGCGUAGGCCAGCCCUACUCCUGUCGCAUCACCAGAGACCUGUACCUGUUCACACCCUAUGAGAUCUGGGUGGAGGCCUCCAACCAGCUGGGCUGGGAAGUGUCUGAUGUGCUCACUCUGGACAUCCUAGACGUGGUGACCACCGACCCCCCCUCCGGAGUGACGGUCAGCCGCGUGGGGCAGUUGGAGGACCAGCUCAGUGUGCGCUGGGAGGCUCCGCCCGCUCUCAAAGACUUCCUGUUCCAGGCCAAAUACCAGAUCCGCUACAGACUGGAGGACAGCCAAGACUGGAAGGUCAUAGAAGAUGUGGGGAACCAGACUUCGUGCCGACUGGCUGGACUCCGACCGGGAACAGUCUACUUUGUCCAAGUGCGCUGUAACCCUGUGGGCAUCUACGGCUCUCGCAAAGCUGGCAUCUGGAGUGAGUGGAGUCAUCCGACUGCAGCCUCCACCCCGCAGACUGUGAUCCUAAGCGGCUCGUGCGACUCCAAAUCCAGCGCCGACUCUAACUCCACUCUGCGCCGCGAGCUGAAGCAGUUCUUCGGGUGGGUGCGCAAACACGCCUACGGGUGCAGCAGCAUGUCCAUGAAGAUGUACGACCAGUGGAGGGGGCUCAUGCAGAAGUCGCACAAAACUCGCAACCAGGUAGGUUCUACAAGGGGAUAAGUCAUAGCGUGGGAUUUCGGAUGGACGAAACAACAAAAAAGACUUAUUUUUUGGAACGAAUUUUUCGCCUGGAUUGCGUUCAGCUCGGUGGAUACGGAGGUGGACAUUUGGUUUGCUAGUGCCACGAGGUCUAGCAAAGAGACACUUGAAAUGAGUGUAAGCUAGCAAAGCAAAGACAAUGCUACCAGCCAGAGGGAAAUAAGAAGAGCUCUUGGACUCAUAGCGCCCUCUUCUGUUUGGGAUGGCGUAGUUCAAACUCAAGUAAAAAUGGGAGUGACUGAUGCAAUGCCUUUAUUUUUGUACUGAGCUCAAACAACGUAUUUAAAACUGUGUAAAAGUUUUGUAAUGCUUAAAUUAUGUUAAAAACGUUAGCUGACUGAAGGCCUAUUCAACAGUUCAUUGUACAUUUCUUAUGCUGUGUGAGGAGUUAUAUAAAUAGUCCAUUGUAUUUUGUAUCAGUGAUAUAUUUUUAUUUAUUAUGUAUUGUCGUGUAUAUACUUGUAUCAACUGUUUGAAUGUGUAAAAGACAAAAGUUCAUUUCAUAUGUUGUUUAAUAAUAUCUGCAUUAGGGCUGCAACGAUUAAAUGGAGUAAUAGUGAGAAGUACUGAAAAUGUGUACUCAAGUAAAAGUACAGAGACACGGCAAAAAAAUGUACAGCUUCCAAAUUUGUACUCUAGUAAAAGUAAAAAGUACACAUGAAAAAUACUAGUUAAUUUUAGAUUUAUAACAGCAUUUUAGAUCAGCAUUCUUAACGAUGGAUGUAGUCAUUUUAAACCACAAUUUGAAUAUUCUCUGUUCAAUCAGAGCAGCAAAUGCAGUGACGUUUAUUUGUAGGAUUAGAAAGGAGCAGAUACAACAGUGAGACAGAUAUGGAUUGGGAUCAUUGGGACUUGUGCUGUACUCUUUACUCGUAUGAUUUUAAAUGCAACAAAUUAAAAUGACAUGGUUAGAAUUUUAAUCAAGUACAAGUACAGGUUUAAAAAUGUACUAAAAAAAGUAUAACUACCCCAAAAAUCUUCUCAAUUACA